AUUGAGGAUCUCAGUCACAUGACAGCCUGGUUGGUUCAGUUUCCUGUCUGCUGCCAACUAUACGGUGAGGAGGAUGAGCUCAAACAAUGGGACCAGACGGAAAGUCAGCAAGCUGCACCAUUUCAACAACAUGGUCGCUUUGGACCAGGACACACAGACUGAGAUUCUGAGUCUUUUUAAAAAAGUAAGGACCUAUGUGAAACCGUCCAGCGGGGAGUGGUGCAUCCCUGACCCAAAUGCUGCUCUCAGACACUCUGCAGAGGAGCACUGCAGGCUGCAGGACCUAAAAGUGUUACUGAACGAUGUGAAGAACCAGCUCAGUGACAAGAACGUCCAGGUCUGGCACCAGCACACCAACUCCACAAAUCGAGCCGGGAAAGUCAUCGCCACAGUGCGUUCUGCUGCCAACGCCGAGAUCUGCACCCAGGCCUGGUGCAAGUUCUAUGAGAUCCUGGGAACAUUUGAUCUUCUUCCAGAGGAGGCUCUUCAAAACGGAGAGCUGAACACGGUCCACCUUUGUGAGGCUCCGGGAGCUUUCAUUACCUCUCUAAACCACUACAUCAAAACGAGCGACUCUACACGCUACUGUGACUGGAGCUGGGCAGCCAACACUCUCAACCCGUACCAUGAGGCCAAUGGAGGGAGCACCACCAUUGCAGACGAUCGGUUGAUUGCCAACACGUUGCCCUGGUGGUUUUUUGGCUCGGAUAACACAGGCAACAUUAUGCUGCAGAAACAUCUGCUGGAGCUGCAGGCGUUUGUGGCCAACAUGCGCAGAGUCGACUUAGUGACAGCAGAUGGGAGUUUUGACUGUCAGGAGAACCCGGAUGAGCAGGAGGCGCUGGUGGCGUCGCUACAUUACUGCGAGGUCACAGCUGCACUGCUGCUCCUCAGCCCGGGUGGCUCCUUCGUACUGAAAAUGUUCACUCUGUAUGAACACACCUCUGUCUGCUUACUCUACCUGCUGAACUGCUGUUUUCACUCUGUAAACGUCUUCAAACCUGCAACUAGCAAAGCAGGAAACUCUGAGGUGUAUGUCAUAUGUCUGAACUACGACGGAAAGGAGGCAGUGAGGCCUUUGCUCUCCAAGCUGAUCCGUAACUAUGGACCACAUAUGGCUGACCGUGAGACACUUUUCCCAAAAUCUCUUUUACCAGAGUCUUUUUUGAAACAGCAUGAAGAAGUGAGUUCAUACUUCCACGCACUGCAGGUGAGGACGAUCACAGAAAACCUGCAACUGUUUAAAGGAAUGAGUGCAGAGCAGAAGCAGCAUCUCGAUUACAUCAGGGACUGUACAGCUCAGGAAUACCUGCAGCGCUUCCAGGUGAGCUUCCUUCCCCGGAGUCGAUGGGUCUCUCGUAACACGGUGAGUCCCGCCUGCUGCAGCGUCUCAGCGGGCCGACCGCUGGGACAGAAGAAGCAAACAGGCUCCUUCAAUGAGCGCAGGGAAUUGCAGACCCUGAGCUGGAGGGAGCGGAUCGAGAGGGGUUGCCAUGCCACAGAGCUAAAGAGACACCGCGUUGAGGCCAGUGGGAUUGGCUGUGUGCUGGAGGGACCCCUGACUGAGUUUCUGGUGGAUUCAUGGUACGUUAUUGUUGGGGCUGCAUUGCCUGCAGUCAGAAACUCUGCAGUCUGUGACGGAGGAUUGUUAAACCAUCUAAAUGAAGCCCUCAUGGACUCAAGACUAGACUGGACUCUCACACCACCCUGUGCCUCUUGCAGUGUUGUUUUCGCUGCCUCCAUUCUGUCUGAAGUUGCAGGUCUCUGUGUCUACCCAGGCAGCAGUGAGGAGAAAAAAAAGAAGAGACAGUGUCUGGUGUUUGGCAGCAGCCACGUCUGGGGUGAAAACCAACAUGAGAAUUUGGCCAUAACAUUUUCUGCAGAGCCUUCCCUUCCUCAGAGAGGAUGUGUCCUAUUGCAUGACGGGGAGCCUUUGUACCAGCAGCAGCUCUUAGCUUGUGUUGUGUCCUCCCUACAGACCCUGAACUCUGGGGAUGCCCUGCUGCUGCCCGUGUUGUCUGCCCUCACCCGUGUUACAGCAGCUAUUGUGCUCUGCCUGCAUGUGUGUUUUCGCUCAGUCACUUUCAGGUGUCCUCCACCCUCAGGCGUUGUUGGUUCUGUUCUUGUGUGUGUUGGCUUCUGCGCUGAAGCUGCUGCACGGAUACUCCCUGUUCUCACUAACGUCCGAGACUCUAUGGGUCAGUUGUUAAGAGGAGAGGAGGACUCGGCUAAAACCCCUUCGCCUGAGUGUGACAGACAGGUGAUGCAGUUUGUUCCCAUGGACGAAUUGCUCACAGGAGGACUGACUGAGUUCCUGUUGACCAUGAAUUCUGAAAUCCUCCAACAGAGGCUACAUUUACUAAUGCAAUCGUAGUGCAGUGAUGUUGGAUCAGUUCAAUCACAUUGGGCAUCC